CUUCACUGUAAACUUCCGGUUAAAUAACUGCUGUUGACUUGUGAGCCCGGCCGAGGUUGGCAGAGUCUAUUUUAGGUUUGCCUCUCAGAUGUUCGCUCCAGUUUAAGAUUACAUGUGAUAAAGUUAUAACCAAGAAUGACAUCCACAACUUAUUGGGGUGAACUGCCCAGUCUUCCUGACACAGAUUCAGGGAUUGCGGCCAUUGAGAGAGAGCAGAUGACGAAACCUCGUCCGAUGGAUGUGGAGGGCCCAAGACUUCACCAGCCUUCCAGUAGACAUCAUCCUCCCACAAAUGAUCCCCUGCCAAGUGAACAGUUUGAAAUGGACCCCAUCGUUUUACACACCAUCCGACUUGUUCAACAUGCCAAGAAACUCCGUCAACUCAUCUCCAGCGUCCAACAACAACAGGAAGCUGUUAAAAACGGAGAGAGUGAGAUAACAUACCCAGCUACCCCACCUAUCCCAGAAUUCACUGGCUCUCUGCCGAAACACAAGGUUCAGGGACCAGUGCCAUUCAUGCUAAAGGAAAUGGAGAGUGACUUUGUGAAGGGAAUUGGUGAACCACCCCCGGAGAUUGAUGAUCUUUCCUGUAGGAAACUUCUACGGAGAUCAGUAUCGGCCGUAUGUGCACACACUGGUUAUGACAGCACGAGUGAAUCAAUCAUGGAGACACUGACCGAUAUCACACAUGAGUAUUUUCAACAGCUGACCACUCACCUGCGGACUGCAGUGGACAACCGACUCCUACAUGGAUACAAUGGCUUCCCGGAUGUUGUGGAGGAGGUGUUCCAUCAGGUAGGAAUCGGUAGUGUGACCACACUCCAUGGCUUCUAUCAAAAUCACAUCAUCAACUACCAGAAAAAUAUGGAACAGACGUGCCAGCAACUUGUCACUGAGUAUGAGAAGAUGAAACUACCAACCAUGAUAAAGAUGGAGACUGUGCCGGUCAUAAGAAUAAAAGAAGAGCCAUGUUCAGAGAUUCAGUUUCCUGUUUUGGAUGAGAAUGAUGAGAUCAAUGAUGCGGAACAGUUACUACAAUUGGAAGGUCUGAGUGGAUUUGAGAUAACUGUUGAACAUGAAUCAACAAGUGGUCUUACAACAGAGAUGGAUUCCAAAUGGCAGAGUGUGAAAUCGGAAUCUGCCGAAGGAGGCACAAGCUCACGUCUGAGUUUUGAUGUGUUUGACGAGCCUGGGAGCGUGAAGCCACCUCGGACACCCGCCCAGCUGAGUGAGGGUGGUGACAGUAUAACAGACCCUGCCUCUAUACCAGGCUCCGACAUAAUGUCUCCCCCCUCCAUAACCUCACGACCAAGUAAACCAAAGAAAAGGUAA